AUGGUGAAUGAGAUGGAGGAUGAAGAAGAAGUCAAGCUCUUCCGGAGGAACUAUAUCAUCCCUCAUGAUGGAAUAUGUCCUGUUGUCCCUGUUGGAUUUCAACACAAAGCCUAUGUCCUGGGUCAUCAUAUUUCCAAUGAUGCAAUGCAUGUUGAUGGAGUGGAUCCAGACGACUGGAAUGAGUGGAGAGGACUGGAAUAUUGGAAGCAAAUUGGUGCCCUUCAUGGCUGGAGCAUAGGGGAUAUCACUGGUGUAUCUGUGAUAUCAGUGGAUUGGAAGCAAAAUGGAGUGGACUGUGGUCCAAUUGCUUGCUCCGUACUUGAGCAAUGUCUUAACUCUGGAUUAGACAAGCAUGGCGACAUUGCAGCAUUUCAAGUUCAGUGUGGCCACAGACUGCGCAUUCACAUGUUACAUAUCAUUGCUGGGCAUAUCAAGCUCUGCUGUAGCAACUAUUCGAUGCUCCUCGACAUUGUGCAAGACAAAUGGCAAGAGGGCGAGCUACCAGACGAGGGUGUCAUCAAUGCGAUUCACAAUGGGCGGCACCAGGCUGAAUGUCUCAAACUCCUACAGAAAUUGACUGUUGGAAUCCAAUCCAGCGAUGACAUUACAGGCCUGGAGGAAUCCAGAUCUCGACUGCUUGGGUGGACUGGGUGGACCAUGGCUACCUGCAUUACCCCUAGCUCAUUCCACAUGUUCUAUCAAUGUGACCCAAUAGCCACCAUGGAUCAUAUCAUGCCCAUUGGCACACCCGACUCCUAUGAUCCUUCAAAUCAGGUUCCAGAUCGUGUUACAGGUGCAUACAGCCUGGACCGGCUAGGGUCAGAGGAUGGAGAACACCACACACAGGUCACAGAUGUGGAAAUACUGUCUGCUGCUGAACUCAUCGAUUCUGCCCAAUAUGAUCCCCCACUGCAUGAUGACUGCAGGUUCGGACACAAUUCCUUUGUGCGUGGUCGCACCAGUGAUCAUUAUGGUGAUGGCCCAGCUUUAUAUCUUGAUCUCGAGCGAGAUGCUGUUGCAUUUCCGGAAGAUGAGAUAGAGAUUUCAGUGGACAUAGACAGCAUAAUCUGGACCACGAAGCUCUUCCGAUGCAAGGGAUCCAUGGGUAUCUAUAUCACUCCACCAUUUCAGACGAAAGGAGGAGGCACGAUACAAGGCCAGAGGUAG